AUGAAUUCAUUUCUUAAAGAAAAUAUUUGUAAAAAUCUUGGAUUAUUUAAAGAUGCUUGUAAUGCAUUUGUCGAAAAAGAUGCUAAUGGUCUUAUGCGUACACUUGCUAAUGAUAUGGAAGGCGAUGUUCUUUGCCGUAUAUUUGGAAUGUGUCCAAAGAAAAUGUCAUUUCUUGAUAAUUUAGCUAUUAAUGAUGAUAAAAAUAAAUGUCAACGAUGUAUUGAUGAUUUUACACGACGAAAACAUAUUGCUGAAAAACUUGUGAAUCAUUCAUCUGAAUUUCUUCAUCAUCUUUGUGGGCAAUUACCUGACAAAGAUGAUUGUCUCAAAACAGUUGAUGAAUCAAUAAAUGAACUCGUAGAUUUCAUUCGAACAUUGGAUCCACAAGAUAUUUGUAUAAAAUUAGAUUAUUGUAAUUCAACAAUGUUAGCAACAAUCGAACCAAUUCAAAUUAGUUCAACAGAUGAUUUAAUAUCAUCUUUAACGAGAGAUACACUCAAUUGUACUUUAUGCAAAUUGGCAUUUGGUAGUAUAAAAAAAGCUCUUACAACAAAUACAACAGAGCAAGAAAUUAUUCAAUAUAUUAAAGUUGAAAUUUGCUCUAAACUUGGAACAUUUUCAGAAUUGUGUAAUAGAGCAAUCGAAACUGAAGGUCCAGCUAUUUUGACUAUGAUAUCGAAAGAUAUUGAUCCAAAACAAGCAUGUACUAUUAUGGGUAUUUGUUCGGGAAGUUCUGCAUAUGAAAAUUGUAAUGAUAAAUGUGAAUGUUGUAUGAAUGAAAUUGAAAUUCAUGAAGUACAAAUUACUACAUUUUUGCGAUCAAUAGUUGAGAAUAUAAAAACUUUAUGUCAACGUAUGCCGGGAUCUGAUAAAUGUCUUGAAAUGACUACAAAAUUUGAUACAAAUGUCAAUCAAAUUACUUCACGUUUUAAUGCUAAACGAGUUUGUCAAAUUUUAAGUCAUUGUUCAACACUUCCUGUUGAAGUUGAAAGUUUAUCUGAAUGUCAAACACGAAUUGAAUCUAAAAAACAAUUUCUUCUUUCUUCAAUAUCUACAAUAAAUCAAAAUCUUAAAUCACUUUGUGAAUAUAUUCCAUGGAAUAAAGAUUGUUAUCAUAUUAUUGAUCGUUCAACCUUAGAUGUUAAUGAAAAAGUUUCACAAUUAAAUAGUGAAAAAAUUUGUACAUCAGAUCAAUCAUUAAUUGAUUUAAUUUGUAUAAAAAAUAGUCCAUUUGAAAAAUUAUGUAAACAACUUGUUGAAUCAAAUGAAAAUAGUUUACGUAUGGAAGCUUUAUUUAAAUCAAUGUUUAAUCAAAAUGGACAUGUAGAAAAAGAAUUAUGUGAACUUAAUUAUGAACAUCAAUCAUUAGAUUGUAAACAAUCAUUUAAAUUAAAUAAUUGUAAAGAUAAAUGUGAUUGUUGUGUACAAUUUUAUACAACAAAAAAGAAUUAUGAUUUACAAAUGAUUGAAACAUUACGAAGUGGACUUUUAGCUACUUGUGAUUGGAGUUUAUCAAAAGAUUAUUGUAUAUCAUGGUUUAAUCGUGUAUGUGAUCGAAUGAAAGAAAAAGUUGAUCAAUUUAUACCAACAAAUUAUUGUAAACGAAUUGGUUUUUGUCCAAUUGAAGAACAAAUAAAGAAUCAAGAAUGUAAAAUAGAUGGUGAUAAAUGUCAAUGUUGUACACAACGUCUUAAUUCUCGUCAAUAUCGUUUUCGAACAACAGUUAAUGAAGUAACAACAACACUUCUUUCUUUAUGUACUGAUGAUGAUUGUCGUUCAAUUGUUCAAUCAGCACAACAACAAUCAUUAAAUCAAAUAGAUAAAAUUAAUUCACGAACAUAUUGUCAACGUUAUGGUUAUUGUUCAUCAGAACAUUCAUCUCAAUCAACACCAUUUCUUUCACGUUUAUUAAUAAGUUCUCAUCAACAUAUUGGAUCAUCUAUUGAAGCUUUAGAUCAACGUUUAGAAGCAGGUUUAUCAAGUGAUAUUUGUUUUCAAUAUGGACAAUUAAGACCAAUGUGUGAACAUUUAAUAGCAUCACCA